GCACCAUGGACACACACACACACACACGCACACACACACACACACCAUGUACCCACACACACCAUUACACCUGGCCAAGCAUCAGGAUAACUAUCACGCUCAUGCGAAAGAAAGAACCGAACGAUAUUAUUGUCGUCUUGUCCAGUGAGAGUCGAGUUUCUUUUCUCCUUCAAACUGUAUCUGUCUUUCCCGCACACACGCUUCUUCUGUGUUCCCACCUGGACUCAUCCUUGUGUCGUGGAUGCCUGGUGGACGGCCAACAGUGUUCUAGUGUGACCCGCCGGUCUACGGUCUUGUCGGCCUACUAAGUACGACUAGUACUAGUACUACUACCGUACAAGUAUCGUCGAGUGUGGCACGGUGAAGUCCCAGCGAAUUAGCCAUGGAGAACGGUGUCGACUUGGAGCAGCUCGAUGAGGUCGAGCUGGGACAAAAGCUCGACGAGGCUGGUUCGUACGAGGAGCGCAGGAAGAUUCGAGCAGCCUUACGUCGCUUGCGCAAGAGCAGUGCGAACUCUUCGUCUCAACUGGAGCAAGCGCCUGACUCCUCCACCAGUGCCGACGCGUACACGCCAUCUCCACAGUCGACCUACAAACGACAAGGCUACCAGGUGCAGAAGGAUCCACCGCUGCACUACGGAGUCCGCCACUGGGAGAGCGUCAGUGUCGCUCCAGCGCUAGCCAGAAGGGCGAGCAAGAGCGAGCAGGGCUUUCAGGCGGUUGAAAAUCCAGCAGUAGUGUCGACAGCACGGUCUUCCAAAUCAUCUUCAAGCUCCGCGGACACGAGCAGACGCGGGAAGAAAGACAUAGUGGACGACACCGCAGAAGCAGCGCAGCAGGUGGAGCCUGCGGAUGCCAUGGAGCAGGACUAUGGAAGCACGCAGACCGCUGCCAGAACGAGCUCCAGCAAUGAUGAAUCAGAGAGGACGGAUGGCGGACGAAGCAAUCGCAGCGCCGAGCAGCCGGAGAGUGGUGCAGAGAGUGGCUAUCGCUCAGAAAGCCGCAUGAGCACCACCUCGUUCAGAAGCGAGGGCGGCGAGUCCGUGCAUAGCUUGGACAGCGUCCAAUCCGACUUGGAACUCGAGGAGACACUACAGAAGGAGAUCGAGGCGUCACAGGACUAUGACGAGCGGAAGAAGCUGCGAGCACGUCUGAGACACGUCCAACAGCGUCGAAUGAGCAAGUGUCAAAUGUCAACUGAUGGACGGCCUGGCUCGUCACAGGAAGUGCACGAAGGUUACUCCACUUCGUCAUCGUUGACAAGCACAUCAUCGACUGGAGGCAAAGGCAGUGCUGGGCAGCCGACAUGGAUGGGUGUGGCACGGCGUAUGUCAAACCCAUCACUCGCCGCAGCUGAGCGGUUACGUAGUCCAUCGGUGGAGAGACCGAAGAGCGUCGUCGAUGAUGUGUUCAAAUCUGUGUCGCUCCGCAAGACCGGACAGCUUGAGCGCAAGCCGAGCCUUCAAGAUGGCGUCAGAUCUACAGCUUCUACGCCCGAAUCACCAUACAAAGGAAUUCAGCUGAAGAAGACUGGAGUCCUGGAAAGCCCUGCAGCGGAGCCAAGACCUCGCAAGGCUAGUGCGGGACAGAGCGACAUGCCGGCCUCGCCGUACAAAGGCGUUCAACUGAAGAAAACAGGAGUGUUGGAACAGUCCGAGAGCAGCGCACAGAGAACCAGUGUCGGACAGAGUAGCACAGGAGUGGAGCCUGCCUACAGUGAUGUUCAACUGAAGAAGACGGGAGUGUUGGAACAGUCCGAGAGCAGGGCACGGAAAGACAGCGUCGGAGGCUCUAGAACAGGACAGAGUGACGUGCCAGCAUCACCGUACAAAGGAGUUCAGCUGAAGAAGACUGGGGUGCUGGAGCAGACCGAGAGCAGGGCAAGGAGAACCAGUGUUGGACAGAGCAGUACAGCGGUGGAGCCUGCCUAUAGCGAUGUGCAACUGAAGAGAACGGGGACGCUGGAACGAGGACGGUCUGGCAGCGUCACGCGACGAGAUAGCGUUAGCAGUGCUGAUGCGCAGGAGUCGCCGUACAAGUCGGUGCAGCUGAGAAAGACGGGUGUGCGCGAAGCCGAGGCGUCGCCAGCAAGACGAAUGAGCACGAGCCGGAGUGCCAGCGACGCAUCCGUCGGCUCGCCGUAUAAAUCCAUUGCGCUUCGCAAAACAGGAAAGCUGGAAAAAGAGCUUGUGGAUGAGCCAGAAAAUGGUACUUCACGUGAAGCAGCAUCUCCAGUGGACACAACUGACGGUGUAGUAUCAAACAGUAACCCAGUGGAACCAACUGCUCAAGUCCAAGCACCUAAGCCAGAGGACACCGGCGAGCUGAUACAAACGGGAAUGUCCUCGUUGAAGAAAACCGGCGUGCUUGAGAAUCGCAGGCGGUGGAACGUAGCUGACGACACUCCCACCAAGCCAGCUGCACGUGCCGACAAAGGGGCGAGUCCGUGGAGUGUAUCACUGAAGAAGGUCAGCACACCAGCGUCGUCAACGAAGACGGCUGUGACGCCCGGACGCAAGGAAUCCACAUCCAGCACGGUGUCCUCCACCGUCGACUACUUGUCCGUGUUGAAGAAACGACGGGCAGGACCUGAGGCAGAGGAAGCGCCCAAGACACCAAGCAGCGGCAGUGGAGCAAGACAGUCGCGCUCCUCGACCAGCGAGUCACCAGGCGCCGAUUAUCUCUCCGUGCUGCGCCGUCGCAAGGCAGGCGGUGACGGCGAACCUCCCAGCAGUCGAUCGGCCAUCAAGCGCACCUCCAGCAGCGGAGCUGAAUCUGCGGACUACGCGAAAAUGCGCGGCAGCCUGAGGAAGGCUGACAGCAAGAUCAUGGACGCCUUUGGGAGGCCAAAGUCCACCUCCCAGGCCAUCGAUUAUCAGGCUGUGCUAAACCGGCCCGCACAGACGACUGCAGAACAAUUGCCAACUACACCGACAAGGUCGUAUGAACCGGGCGUGAAUGGAGACAGCUCAGCCACUGAGGGAAGGACCAAUGGCCACUCUUCGGAAGAACCAGAGCUCUCGCCAUCCAGCACGAAUCGCGACAUCGUGAUACCGGGAGGGAUACACAUCACGUCGGACGAAACAGAUGUCUAAGAAAACGAUGGCUGGCUGUGACUUCCGCGCCUAAGGCUACUCACAACUGCUGCUUCAACUUCCAAGUCAACCUAGUUUCCACAAGCAAAGUCAGUACUCAGUCCAGUGUAAGACAGGAUCCACCGGGGUCGCAUCCAACGCUUUUGUGAGCGGUACUUGCCCCGUGCUGGUGGGACUAUUGCGAAAGUGUGCAUCUCAGUUGAGUUGGGCGCCGAUAGUUCUGUGUGCAGUCCGCGCAAGCAUUUAGUGUGAUUGCUUUCGGUUUGUUUCCAGUCAAUCCCUGUCCCCGGGCACACGGUUCCCCACAGUGCAUGGUGCCGUCACUGCGCUUCGCACCUGUCUAGCUCAGUGUACCGUGAUGCCCUUAUGGAGGCUCUGCUCACUCUAUUGUCCUGCGAAUGAACGUAAGCUUCGCAUGCUUGCGUCGUCCUCUGAUACCCACCACUGGACAAGUCGAAUUGUUACCUGCUUUGGAGUAGCCGGAUUAAGUCUUCUUUUGUCAACAUGCUGUUAAUCCAUACCAACCCCAAACACGAUACCCCCCCCCCCCCACACACACACACACAGUCAAUCACUCUGCUCUCUUUGGCCAAAUUCUGCAACGGCAAUCAGAUUUUCCUGUCGCAUUGAAACUGGUUGUUUUGAAGAAGAAAAAAUGGAAUUAUUGUUUGCCUGAAGCAAUACCAAACCUGGGUCUAGUUACAAAUUUGCCUUGCAUGCUUCUGUUCCCCGUUGUCAUUGCUUGAAAUAGUGUAACGGUUGUGUAUUUCUCCUCAGUGUCACCUCGUAUCCUGUUUCCUUUCUGUUUGAAUCACGCAGCGCACUGUGUUUACGGACCGCUGUUAUAUUUUAAUCAUUUUGGACACAAAUGCCAUUAUUUUAGUAUAGUUCUUGAUUUCUAUCAGUAUACUGCGCUCGCUGUCCCUUGCUUACCAUGACGUACAAUGUCCUUCUCUUGUUCAAGUUCUUGUGGUCAUAAUAGGUCCGUGUUUGUUUGUUUCAUGGCAUGCUAUAUUCUGUUGCUGUUAGUCCUUUGGUUGAGUACAGUGUAAAAUUU